AACGAAUUCAAUUAUACAUAGACUGACCGUCGUUGAGGUUGGUUGAUAUUUUUUUCAGUUGUCUAUCUCGUAUUCAAGCGAAUAGAUUGUAGAAUUUAGUGAUUGGUGUAUUUUCCAUUUAAAAAGAAACAUCGCAAACAAAAUGAAGUGCUUUAAAAUUUUAUUAUUUGCUGUGUGCAUUCAUAUUAGUUUGGCAACAAAAUUGAAAGAAAGAUUUAGCUGGAAAGAAGUUUCAUACGCAUGGACAUCGGAUCAACAAAAGACUGAGGCCAUCACCGAUGGACGAUACAAAUCCGAAAAUAAUCUUAUUCUUGGAUUAGAUGUGUGGAAAGAUAAAUUGUUCAUCACCGUUCCAAGAUGGAAGUCGGGUGUGGCGUCAUCAUUAAAUUAUGUGAAUUUAUCGAGCACAGAGCAGAGCCCAAGCUUAAUUCCAUACCCAAGCUGGGAAACCAACACAGUUUUUGCCGAUGUAUCAAAAGGGCCUGAACGUUUGGGUGGUCGUGCCGAUGCUCCCAGUGCUCAAGUUGUAAAUGGACAACUUCAUGAUAAUGCAUCUAUUAUUUCAACAUUCCGUAUUCAAGUUGAUGAGUGUGAUCGUUUAUGGGUUAUGGAUUGUGGCCUAGCUGAUAUUUUGGGCGAACCAAAACUGAUUGCAAAACCAGCCUUAGUCAUUUUCGAUUUGAAUACGGAUACAUUGAUUCGACGAUACACAUUCUCCGAUAGUGAUGUCGUACAAAAUUCAUUCCUCGCUAAUGUGAUUGUCGAUGUGCCGAAACAACAAUGCGACAAUGCUUACGCAUAUGUUCCGGAUCUUGGUGGAUACGGUGUUGUCGUCUAUUCAUUCAAAGAAAAUAAAUCGUGGCGUGUUAAGCACAAUUACUUCCAUUUCGAUCCAUUAGAAGGUGACUUUCUUGUUGGCGGUGUCAAUUUCCAAUGGACUGAUGGUGUGUUUGGCAUGGCAUUGGGAAAACAAACAAACGAAGGCACGCGAGAUGUAUAUUUCCAUGCAUUGGCAAGUACAAAGGAAUUCUCUGUGCCAAACUAUGUUUUGCAAAACGAAACACGUGCAACGAGCCCACAAAAUUAUAAUGAUUUCAAAUUGGUUGGCGAUCGUGGUGUAAACGGACAAUCAACCGCGGAAGCUGUACAUGAAAAAACAAAUGUUUUAUUCUACACGCAAGUGAACAAAGACAGCAUUGGUUGCUGGAAUAUAAACAAGGAAUUCAACCUUGACAAACAAGGUCUUGUCGAUUCUGAUGGCACCGCAUUAGUCUUUCCAAAUGAUUUGAAAAUUGAUCGAAAUGAUAAUUUGUGGAUUUUAUCUGAUCGUUUGCCCGUAUACAUGUACAAAAAAUUGGACCCGGAACAAUAUAACUACCGCAUUUUGUCUGGCCCAAUCAACGAAUUAAUCUUGGGCACACCGUGCGAAUAAACAUAACAAAAAAUUGCGUACCAAUUACCGAUCAACACUCAC